UCUACAGAGGAGAACAGAGGAGGCAGCAGAGAACAUGGCCCCUCCCUCAGCCUUUUGCCUCAGAUGGCCUGUCACCUGGUGGGGACUCCUGCUCACAGUCACACUUUUAAGCUUCUGGAAGCUUCCUACCACUGCUGGACUCACUGUUGAAGCAGUGCCACCCCAUGUUGCUGAAGGGAAGAGUGUCCUUCUCCUUGUCCAUGAUCUUCCGGGGAAUAUUAUAAUAAUUCGCUGGUUCAAGUGGUCCACGUUUCGUAUGGUCAACGGGAAGAACAAUGAAAUGGACAUCGGUGUGACCAUGGGCCAUUAUGUCACAGAAAAUAUAGUUAUGAUUCAUUUACAAUACACGGAGCCCGCAUACAGCAAUAGAGUGACACUGUACACCAAUGGAUCUCUGCUGAUCAAGAAUGUCACGCAGAAGGAUGCAGGAAUUUUCAUUCUAAAAAUCGGCAUUGAAAUGGUUGGAAAUUACUUCAGUAUCGGGCAGUUCUUUGUUCACAAACCAGUGACACAGCCCUCCAUCAAAGCCACCAACACCACAAUUGCAGAAAAGAGCUCUGUGGUCUUCACCUGCCUCUCAGGUAGCCCUGGAACCUCCAUCAGAUGGAUCUUCAAUAACCAGAGUCUGCAGCUCACCGAGAGGAUGACGCUGACCCAGAAGAACAGCAGGCUCAAUAUAGACACUGUCAAGGAGGAGGAUGCUGGGGACUAUCAGUGCGAGGUCUCCAACACAGUCAGUUCUAAGAAGAGUCACCCAGUCCACCUGGCAGUGAACAGUAAGUGA